ACUCCAGGUGUAAAACCAGAAGCUGAAAGUGGCAUUUUCCUCCCGCAUUUUGGGCGGGCGGGCAGGCAGGAGGGGAGGUGGUCCAACCGCACAAUGACAGAUUAUGCAAAUCCUCCCGGAGCAUCUAAUCAAUCACGGCGGUGGGAGAGGAAUGCAGCUCAUCUCCGAACGAGCCUCCAUCGCCGCGUCCUCGUGUGAAGCAUCCCCCCUCGGUUCGAAUGACAUCAGAGCGGCUCCGAGUCCUUGAAAGUCUGGGGGUUGAUUAGCUGGAGGAAUUGGCCGCUUCUGCCAAUCACCACCCUGCAAAGCCGCCUCGAUACUCCUGUAGAUAUGAGGGAGAGGGAGGCUGACUACAGCAAACAGGAGGCACAGCGGCAGCACCGGCGCUAGUAACGGGAGCAGCUGGUAUUCGGGUGAUUAAAUAGUUCUCGCAGCCUUUUUGCUGUAGCCUGCCUGCUCCCCGGUGUAAUCCCCAUGUCCGAGAAGGAAGCUGCGUUUUUAACGGUGUGCUGAACAGAGGUUCGAAUCAUUCCAGCUGGCUGCUUGUUUUGAAAAGGACAGUCUGUGUAUAAAUGAGAUGUGACUGUGCCGGUAGAGUUCAGUUACUGGGGCUGGAGCAAGAGGAACCUUCCCGGGAUGCCGCUCAGACAGCUGCUUUCAAUUGAAAACUCUCCCUAGUUUACCUGGAGCCAUGUGAAGAGAUUUGAAUAGCAGAUGUCUCUUUCCUGCACACUAGGAAGAGAAAUUCUUCUCUAGAUAAUGUUAAGAGUCCUCUUCAUUGAUUAUUGGCAGCUGCUGCAUUCCGAGAAAACCUCUUUCAGUUUAGCUUUCCGAAUCCUUUGACUUCCCGCUCCAACAGCUUUAUAACCUCCCCGACAGCUUCAUAAAUGCACUGCAAUGGUCACAUGAACGUCUCGGGAGGGGAAUCGGCACCUCUGCAUCUCCUCAUUCCGAUGGCACUUUAGGAAAGAACACCAAAAAAGCAGCAAGUCCAACGGAAGUCGGAAGUCCUGCGAAAGAUGAAUCUAAUCGUGAAGCUCCGCAGAAGUUUCAGAACGCUGGUCAUUCUCCUAGCGACCUUCUGCUUGGCAAGUAUUGUCAUUUCUGCCUAUUACCUUUACACCGGCUACAAGCAGGAAAUGGCCCUCGUGGAAAGCACCGGAGAAGCUGAGUGUGAAGACCUCAAGCUUCUACCAUAUAGGUCCGCGGAGCUGAAAACGGCUAAGCCAAUUGAUCCAUCUAAAACUGAUCCCACUGUCCUCCUGUUCGUGGAAAGCCAGUACUCCCAGCUGGGGCAAGACAUCAUAGCCAUCCUCGAGUCCAGCAGAUUUCAGUACCACAUGGUCAUUGCACCAGCUAAGGGGGAUAUUCCCCCCCUCACAGACAAUGGAAGAGGAAAAUACACCAUUAUUAUAUAUGAGAAUAUUUUAAAGUAUGUAUCCAUGGACUCAUGGAAUAGAGAGCUUCUGGAAAAAUACUGUGUGGAAUACAGUGUUAGCAUAAUUGGUUUUCAUAAAGCCAAUGAGAACAGCUCCCCAAGUACAAAACUGAAAGGACUGCCAUUACAUCUUUACAAUAAUGUAGCCCUCAAAGACUGUGUGGUAAACCCUCAGUCUCCCCUGCUGCACAUUACCAAAGCACCAAGGGUUGAGAAAGGUCCGCUGCCCGGCGAAGACUGGACAGUUUUCCAGUUUAACCAUUCCACCUAUCAACCUGUGCUUUUAACCGAACUGCAGACCUCCAGACUGCCCCCCGCGGCAUUGCCAAAGGCUGCUUUGUAUGCCACCGUCAUCCAAGACUUGGGGCUUCAUGACGGGAUCCAGAGAGUCCUUUUUGGAAACAACCUGACCUUCUGGUUGCACAAACUGAUCUUUAUUGAUGCCAUUUCUUUCCUGUCGGGGAAGAAGCUCACGCUGUCCUUGGAUAGGUACAUUCUGGUCGACAUAGAUGACAUCUUCGUUGGGAAGGAGGGAACAAGGAUGAACGUCAACGAUGUGAAGGCUUUACUAGAGACUCAAAAUUUACUGCGCACUCAGGUUGCAAAUUUUACCUUCAACCUUGGAUUUUCAGGAAAAUUUUACCACACAGGGACUGAAGAGGAAGAUGAAGGUGAUGACCUGCUGUUGAGAUCUGUGGAUGAGUUUUGGUGGUUUCCCCAUAUGUGGAGUCACAUGCAGCCUCACCUCUUCCACAAUGAGUCGUCACUGGUGGAGCAGAUGAUCCUCAACAAAGAAUUUGCAAUAGAGCACGGCAUACCGACUGGCAUGGGGUACGCAGUGGCUCCGCACCACUCCGGAGUCUACCCAGUUCACAUCCAGCUGUAUGAGGCCUGGAAGAAGGUCUGGCACAUCCGAGUGACCAGCACAGAAGAAUACCCACACCUGAAGCCUGCACGGUACAGACGGGGCUUCAUCCACAAUGGCAUCAUGGUGCUCCCUCGACAGACCUGUGGCCUUUUCACUCAUACUAUUUUUUACAAGGAAUAUCCUGGGGGCCCUCAGGAGCUGGACAAAAGUAUCCGAGGAGGUGAACUCUUCCUCACCAUUCUCCUGAAUCCCAUCAGCAUCUUCAUGACCCAUUUGUCUAAUUAUGGGAACGACCGCCUGGGCUUAUACACCUUCGCGAACCUGGCCAACUUUGUAAAGAGCUCGACUAACCUGAAACUGCAGACGCUGCCCCCAGUUCAGCUGGCUCAGAAGUACUUUGAGCUCUUCCCGGAGCAGACGGACCCUCUUUGGCAGAAUCCGUGUGAUGAUAAGCGACACAGGGAUAUUUGGUCCAGAGACAAAACUUGUGACCACCUACCCAAAUUUCUUGUGAUAGGACCCCAGAAAACAGGAACAACAGCUCUUUAUUUAUUUCUUCUGAUGCAUCCUUCCAUUAUCAGCAAUCUCCCUAGUCCAAAAACUUUUGAAGAAGUUCAGUUCUUCAAUGGAAACAACUAUCACAAGGGAAUUGACUGGUACAUGGAUUUCUUCCCCACUCCUUCUAAUGUCACCACCGACCUCCUCUUUGAGAAAAGUGCCAACUAUUUCCAUUCCGAGGAAGCCCCUAAACGAGCUGCUUCCCUCAUCCCCAAGGCCAAGAUCAUCACCAUCCUCAUCGACCCAUCUGAUCGGGCCUAUUCCUGGUACCAGCAUCAGCGAUCCCAUGAGGACCCCGCUGCCCUGAAAUUCAAUUUUUAUGAAGUCAUUACAUCCAGCCAUUGGGCACCCUCGGAGAUAAGGACUCUCCAGAAGAGAUGCCUGACACCCGGAUGGUAUGCUGUCCAUAUUGAAAGAUGGUUAACUCAUUACCCUGCUUCACAGUUGCUUAUUAUUGAUGGACAGCAGCUAAGAAGUGACCCAGCUACUGUGAUGGAUGAAGUGCAGAAGUUUCUUGGAGUCUCUCCUCACUAUAAUUACUCUGAAGCUCUAACGUUUGACCCUCAGAAAGGCUUCUGGUGCCAGUUAUUGGAAGGAGGGAAAACAAAGUGCCUGGGUAAAAGCAAAGGUCGAAAAUAUCCACCAAUGGACCAAGAGUCUCGAGCGUUUCUGUCAAGCUACUACAGAGACCACAACGUGGAGUUGUCCAAGCUGCUGCACAGGCUGGGGCAGCCCCUGCCCUCCUGGCUGAGACAGGAGCUGCAGAAGGUCAGGUAGCACGCAAGGGUGGAGGACCCAAAUAAGGACGAUUUCCUUCACCGUCAGACCCCUUGCUUCUCCGACUCACUUGUGAUCAUCAGUAGAGGACCUCAUGAAUAACGCUCUUUCUAUCAAAAAAAAAAAAAAAAAAACCAACAAAAAAAAAACCCCCAAAACACAAAACAAUAAAAAAACACCAAACCCGACAACUGUUUGUAUGCACGCGCUGACAGUUACUAGCAUCGACCCCUUUUGUCAGCUUCCAGGAAAUAAUACAGAGCUACGUGGCAUUACUCUUUAUCCAGACCGGGAUUCGUGCAUAGCCUAGUUCCUCUGUUCAUCAGGAAGUACCAGAAACUGUGUGUAGGACGGAUUGACUUCAGUGUACAUGACAAAUUGCAGUCUGUCAGGACACGAGCAAAGGAUGGGAACAUCUCUCGCUGGACUGUGAGUUCAUCCUUUUAGCGUGACUGCAAAGGCGUGGACCUGUCUAUGGAUUCGAUUCCUCCAUCACUAUCCUAUCCAGAAAAGCUACCAAAAAUAAAUAAGGAUUUGCAAGCGACACAGAUUCUGAAGUGUUCAGUGCUCCAGUGACUGGAUAACUUUUAUAAGACUUAUUAUCAUUUCUGUAGUAUUUCGAAACAAAAGACAUCCUCUUGACAGAGCUGAGGAAAAGCUUCACUGUCUUGCCCAAGCUCUUUUUUUUUUUUUUCUUUCCCUUCCUACGUGACGACAGCAAAUCCAGUUGAACAAAUACUUGGUGUUGAAGACAAAGGAAUCAAAAUAAAUUUUGAUCACUCAAAGUAUUUUUGUUGUGGGGGGUGGUGAGGGAGGUCAAAGUCUGUAUUUGCUGGAAUUGUUUUAAAAAAUUGAUGUGCACACACCUUAUUAUUGGUUCUUCUCACUGCCGCAGAAUAAACACUUCUGAUGGUGUAUUAUA